ACUGUUGAGUCAGCCUUUUGGUCGCCCAGCGCAGUCGGACCAACGAUGCAGGUCGAUACUCAGACACAGCCUUUCCUCGAUGCUCGCCGCCAGCAACGCCACCUCCAGGAUGUGCAGGCUAGCGGCUUUCAUCCCGCACCUACUACCAGCAACUUCCUAAUGCCGGAAGCGCAAGGCACAUUUCCCUUCUCUGCGGAACCUGCAUCCAUGGUAUACGAUGCAUCCAUGGCCUCAUCCGCUACUCCUGGGCAAGAGUCCAUCCUCACACCCAAUAUUGGUUCUUCUCUCGACUCGUUGUUACACCCAGACAUGUCAUUCCCACCGCCAAACAUCUACAACCCGUCGCAAAACUACCACCUUUCCCCGGGCUCCUACUACGCAAAUGGCCCAAACAUCUCGCCUGAACAGUCAGUAGAACAAUUCAGCUCCGAAGCUGGAUACACAAGUGACCCCAACUAUCAAGAUCUAAGCACAUGUCCGACACCAAACUUCAGCGGACAAAUUCUUGAUGACUUGUCUGCUCUCAAUUUCACCGACAACAAUACACGCCAGCAAUUACUAUCACCCAGCGCGACAAACAACUCUAGUCCCGCAUUGGGUGAUGAGAGCUCCACAUUUCCUUCAACGCAGUUCAAUGGAAACGUAUCAACGCCACCGAACCAUGCGAGCCAUCUGCAACACACGACGCCUACGAAACAAAUGCAAAGUCCGGCAUUGACAAACAGUCCUGGCAACGUGCCACCAGUCAACAUCCAGCCCCUCACACGCCAAUUAACAAGUCCCAUCCCAAUGAUCAAUAGACCAGAGCGUAACGACGAUGGGUCAUGGCUGGCACCAGGAGCAUCUGGUCAAACAGGUCUCAGUCCUGAUGAUCGCCUAAAGAUGGGAGAUGCGUGGAUCCCCAGCAUUGAGGAGAUUGCCGAACAGCGAUCCAAGGAAGAAAAGAAACUGGAAGUUCAGGAAUGGCUUACCAAGAGCGAGUUCGGGAGCGAAGCAGGCGAUGUGGCACCCGCAAACAACCUACUCAAGCCAAUGACCGGCAGGCGUCGGGCGAAGAGUCACAACGACAUCCAACGACAGGCUUUGUCUAGCAGCUUUGGUCUCGGCGUUGUGACACACUUUGGCCACAUCGACGAUACCGGUAUACCCGGGCCGGGAGUGUACAUUGACGAGCGAAGCGACUUCGGCGACUACGAUUACGAAGACGAUGAGUCUCUAGAGCCCGAGUCUCCUCCUGCCGUUAUCGAUUUUGGUACAAGUCACGUCGAGAACUCAUAUUUCCCGCCUAUUCAUGAGAUCGAUUUGAAUGCCAGUCCAAUCGCAAAACCAUGGGCCGAUGUACCUUCGGUGGCACCGCAACCAUCAAGCUCUGGCCGCUAUCAACCACCUACUUCAAAUGCUGCCAUGAUGCGAUUCCGAUUACGAGCAAAGGAUAUUGAGCAAGCUUCUUUGGCCGCUACAGUGGGAUCACGUCGUCUUAGCGAAUCUGAUAUUGGUAGUCUUCGCGCUUCGCCCGGCGUCGCAAAAUUGAUCGAACCCGACCCAAAAAGGAGUAAAGAACGCCAACGCCGGCCCAGCUUCCUCGAAACCAUUCUCCCCAAGCGUGCGCCAAGCAGUCUACUGAAACGCAAGAGCAGCAUCCCUGUGCAACAGUCUGACGCAUCCUCAGACAAGUCAAAGGAGCCCGUCAUGGAGAAACCCAAGCGUAUGAGUAGUUGGGGUCGUCCCAAAUCACCACGAGUAGAUACCAAUCUCAGCAGUCACAGCAAAGAAUCCGGCCCAUUGAGCUCUACGGGCUUGACCGUGGCCCCAGCGGGCCCAUGGUAUAAGGGAGGGCCUAGGAGCGUUAUCAAGCGUAGUAGAAGCAGGAGUGAUAUUGGCAAGUCACCUGGUCUUGCAGAGCUAAUGACACAGCACGGAGGCCCUCCAAUGCCCAUGCUUGCCUCUCCUCUUGCAGACACAGAGGCUACGAAGCCCUCUGCACAGCCAAGUCCAGCUGGAGAUGACGAUGAUGACGACCAUGAUCCAGUGACAAUGGACCUAACGGUUCGCACUGAUCCAAUCAUCCCAACGUAUGAGGGCUUCAGGACAAACACGCGACAGCUCAACCCACGCCUUGAUGAUUUUAUGGUUGAACGUAUUACCCAGGAGCAAAUGAGGAGAUAUAAACGAUUGCUGGAGUUCAAGGUGAAGCACUUGAAUGCCGUACAAAACAAAAAGUGCCCAUCAGGCGGCUUUUGUACAGACUUGGGUGGAGAGGCAAAACUGCUUCCCCCACGAACAGGAGCGAAAGAUGCCGAUGCUCCUUUUAUCGGUUUCCAGGUUACUGCCCCUGGUUCUUCCGAUGAUGAUGGUGAGCACAUGGUAGAGGGAAACAUCGCCCCUGCUGCAUUCCCAUCGGGGGUGCCUCUUCCUCCAGUCAAACGUCUUCCUGCUGAGUUUGAAUGCCCACUAUGUUUUAAGGUGAAGAAGUUCUACAAGCCUUCCGAUUGGACUAAGCAUGUACAUGAAGAUGUGCAGCCCUUCACAUGUACCUUUCCUAAUUGUGGGGAACCAAAGUCAUUCAAGCGCAAAGCUGACUGGGUUCGCCAUGAGAAUGAGCGGCAUCGUCAGCUUGAGAACUGGACAUGCCAAAUUUCUGACUGUAACCAUGUCUGCUAUCGUAAAGACAAUUUUGUACAACAUCUUGUCCGCGAGCACAAGAUUGCUGAGCCACGGCAACGUACAGGUCGAGCUGGCAACAAAGAGGCCUCAACAGCCAAUGAUCAAGAAGACAUUUGGGCCAUUGUUGAAAGCUGCCGACGCGAUACUGUAAAGCAGCCAAAGGAUGAGCCAUGUCGAUUCUGUGGCAAUAUUUGCAAUAGCUGGAAAAAGUUGACUGUGCACCUGGCGAAGCAUAUGGAGCAGAUCAGCAUGCCUAUCCUUCCGCUUGUGAAUCAAAAGCAGCUCAACGCCGACAGCAUCAUUAGUCCUAUUGUAGAGCUUCCAGAAAGCCGCAAGCUGUCCAUCGCCUCCGCGCGCUCACCCAUAGAUAACACUCUACGAUACAAUUCCAGUUCGAUAUAUGCGCCUGGAAUUGGCCCACAGAGUCUCUACUCUCACGAUAUGAAGCCACAAGCGGCACCUGCUACGAUGCAGACAUACCCACCUCCACAAAUGGUCCCGCCAUCGAAUCACAUCAACGAAUACACGAAUUAUGUCGGCAACAAUGCUGGAGGCUAUUCCAACCAAACCUAUCCCGGACUUCAGGUUCCCCCAAAGCCCCAAAAUGGCUAUUCCAAUGUGCUGCAGAUUCCUAAUCAACCGUACCAACACGGCAACAUGCAGGGUGGAGUACAGCAAUACGGCAUGACUCCUGUGAGCACUGUCCAGCAGCAACAGGCUAUGUACACAGACUCUCCGGUUGAUACGAGUACCACGCCAUUUCCUUCUUACUACCCGCAAGACCUUCAGGGGCUAACGACCGAGGUGCCUGGCAUGGGUUUCGAUAACGCCAACGAAAUACAUUACCAGCAGGGCAGCACUUAUACCGCCAUGUCAUACCGGACGACACAACACAACUAUGACUACUCGCAUUCGCAGUAGAGAUCAUGGUUGGAAUUUGAAGGGCGUUUGUAUUUUGACAGGUCUGAUUUCAGUUUAGAGGGUUGUUUUCU